GUUAUUCUGCUCUUUAACCUUAUCGAGUCUUCAAACUGUAUUUUCAAGCUCAGAUAACAUCUCGAGUCUUUGAUGGUUUUGUUCUGCUGAUAAUUCGUUCACUGAAAUUCAGAUUUUAUGACUCUCUGAAGACUUUCCAUCAAUAAUGACUUCAACAGCUGAUCUGGAGCAGCUGGCACAAGUUGAGCUUCAGAGGGAGGAAGACGAGGAUGAGGAGGGUGUCUCAGACCGUCCGUCACCUCCUCCCGGCGGCACGUUCAGACCCGAUUCAUCACAUCCGUACUACGACGUGGCUCGACACGGCAUCAUCCAGGUCUCCGGAGACGACAACUACGGCAGGAAGUUGAUCAUCUUCAGCAGCUGCUGUCUGCCUCCAUCACACCAGCUCAACCACCGCCGGCUGCUGGAGUACCUGAAGUUCACGUUGGACCAGUAUGUGGAGAUGGACUACAUACUGGUUUACUUCCACUACGGUCUGAAGAGCAGCAACAAGCCGUCGCUGCGAUGGUUACGAGAAGCUUACAGCGAGUUCGACAGGAAAUACAAGAAGAACCUGAAGACUUUGUACGUCGUUCAUCCUACAAACUUUAUCCGAAUCGUCUGGAACAUUUUCAAACCUUUGAUCAGUCACAAGUUCGGGAAGAAGUUGACGUACGUGAACUACCUGGACGAGCUCAGAGAUCACCUGAACUACGAGCAGCUCAUCAUCCCUCCUGACGUUCUCAGACAUGAUGAGAAGUUACGAGCUGAUCAGACGGGCGGCCCCCCUCCCUCAGUGAAGACCCCCCCGCCUCGACCCCCGCUGCCCACGCAGCAGUUUGGUGUCAGUCUGCAGUACCUCAGAGAGAAGAACAGGGCGGCGAUAAUCCCGCCUGUCAUGAGUCAGACUGUCGUCUACCUGAAGGAGAAAGGCGUCAGGACGGAGGGCAUCUUCAGGCGCUCGGCUCGAGUUCAGCUCAUCAAGGAUGUUCAGAAACUCUAUAACCUGGGGAAGCCUGUAAACUUUGAGCUGUACGACGACGUCCACGUUCCCGCUGUGAUCCUGAAGACGUUUCUCAGAGAGCUUCCUGAACCUCUGCUGACCUUCAGAGUCUACAACCAGGUUCAGGACAUCCUCAAUGUGGAGAGCUCUCUGCGGGUGUCGAGGUGUAAGCAGAUCGUUGAAAGUCUUCCUGAACAUAACUUCAUCGUGACGAAGUAUCUGCUGUGUUUCCUCCACAUGGUGUCUCUGGAGAGCAUCGUCAACAAGAUGAGUGCGUCUAACCUGGCCUGUGUGUUCGGGGUGAACCUGGUUUGGCCUCGUCAGGGUUCGAUCUCUCUGACCGCUCUGACCCCCAUCAACAUCUUCACCGAGAUCCUCAUCGAACAUUUCCACAGCGUGUUCGGCUCCCGCUGCCCACCUGCACAGCGCCACCAUCUGGACAAAACGCCUGUUUCUGCCCAGAACAUAUCAAAAAUAUCAAAGCCUGAGCACAUUCCUGCCUCCCAGAGGAUGAACCAUUUCCAUUUUGGACACUUUGAGUUUUCUUGUGGCGCCACCUUCAGGACAGAAUGUCAACAAAUAUGAGGACAUCUAUCAAAAGACUGUUUCUCCUUCUCUUUAAUGGUUCUGAUUGUAUUAAACCAGCAGUUCCCAAAUUAAGAGCAUUUUAAGUAAACCGUGACACACUGUGCUAAAGUUUUAGGCACUAAAAGUGGAGUGUUUCCAAAAAUAAUGCCAUGAAUAGUUUUUAUUUAUCAAUUAACUUGAUACAAACCACUGUAUUAAAUCAUUGGGGGCAAUUUUAUAAAUGAUGAGAAGGUCUGAUUCAUUUGUUUGAUAUUUAAAUCGCUGGAUGAACCCAAAUCCAACGUUCACAUCUGGAUAUUUUGUCAGUUUUUUCAGCUCAUUUUCAGAAAAUUUACCACAUCAUACAAAAUGUAAAAGUUUCUCUGUUGCUCAACGCCAACAUAUGUAGGGUUGUAGUCAACCAAAGAAAAUCUUGGUUGACUAAAAUCGUACAUAAUCUUCAACUAAUCGAUUGUAUUUACUUGUGUUUUUUAUGUUUUUUAUAUUUUACUGUGUGGUCAGUAAACUACAUAUUCUCCAUAUUGUUCUAAUUUUGUAUCGUUUGCACUAAAUGAAAAUAUUCAAACAUGAAAACAGACACGAAUCAAAUCUUUUGUUCUUGAAUUUUGUUUAUUAAUGAUUCCAUUUUUCGUAAGAACUUGGUACAAAAAAGUGAGACUACUCUUUAACCAUUUACCAACUUCCAUCGAUCAACUUUUUAAUGCAUCAUAAAGAAGAAAAAACUACAUUGGCAUAUUUAAAACAAACACUUUUCCUAUACACACUAUCCACUGGACAGUCCCCUUAUUAAUGACAAAGAAAAAACUUCUACUUCAACAGCCAACAGACAUUUUCAUUUCCAUCUAAACACCUUUCGUGUCGUCGCCGCCUCCUCAUGGCAAAAUAAUACAUCAAACGUUGCAAGCUAGAAGUCAGAAUGCAGAACUGGCAAACAAUAGAAAAUCCCAAUGUUCUCUUUUCUUUUUUUUUUUUUUGCUCCUUGAUAAAAGAAUAUAAAAAUGUUCUAACUUUUUUUUUUUUCUUAUUUGUUCAAAUGUUGUGUCAUGUAUUAAAAUAGAUCUGUUUAAGCACUGCACAGUUUCUCCCGGAGAAGAUUUUCUAGAAACGGAUGACGAAGGUUUUUUUUCGGGGGGCGACGGGGACGGACGGACGGACGGAUGGACGGACGGACGGGUGACGUGGGGACUGAAGGGUGGAGCAUCGACGCGACACGGAGCGCUGAUAUGGUUUCCAUUUUGUUUUGUUUUUUUCCCCCACCUGGAGUCUCGUGGCGGUCCUGCAGCUCUCAGGUGAGCGUUGGAUAUGCAUCACAUGGUACAUUCUGACAUCAGGAGCUUCUUCACUCAACCCAAGUGUGAGAUUUGAUGUGAACCAACUCCGCUCUGAUCAUGAUUUAUUCAUUUAUAAAGGCAAGCGAGGUACAAUGUUAAUGCAUAUCUGCUGUUUGUCUCACAGAUGCAGAACCUGCAGCGCGUCGGGGAGCCGAUGACGGUAAAACUGUUUGAACUGUUAAAAGCCUCAUGAAACAACAUUUGAGUGAUGUUCAGGUACAAGAGGGAUUUAAAUCAAAUCCUUCACAUUUGAUUGGACUGCUAAAAGUGGGCGGAGCUUAGGCAUGAAUGAAUCAGACCUCAGCAUCCACUUCCUGUCUGUCUCCAUAUAACUCUGAUGGAAGUGUAGUUUUAUAUGAGCGAUGUAGCUGCUACUCAACCAAAGUCACGUUUGAUUGGAUGAAUGUCGUCUGGGUGCUUUGAUGGAAAUUAAAAUGUAUUUUUUUCAUUUCAUGAGGCCUUUAAAAGUUUUUACUGUGUUUAAAUGUUCUUCUCCUCGAUAUAAAACCACCUCUGCAGUAUUAUAAAGAAUUAAAACACUUUUAUGAAAUAAAACGUCCUUCAGGGAAGAAGAGCAGAGAAGCUGUUUCAUAUCACUGAAGUCGUUUGAAUUAUUUUGUUAAUUUUAUGGUUUUGUUUACCUCAGACAACAUUUUAACAUCUUAAACAAUAAACUAACUCAUUACAUUUAUUUUCUUUGUGAAAUGUGAAUCAUCCUGCAGGUGAAUGUUUUAUUUCAUACAAGUGUGAUAAUUUCUUCUGAUAGCAGCCGAGUUGGUUUCUGGAAUUUAAAUUCAGUAUUUAUGGAGCAGAAAUUAGAAACAUGAGAGGAUUAUUUUUAAUUUCAGGGAAUAAUUUAUCAAAAGUUUCUCUCCCCAGACUCACAGCAGGCUCUGUAUUCUGAUGAGUGUUUCUUUUUUUUUUUUAAACAUAUAACCUUUGCAUUCGGCUCGGCGCCGACUGACGGCGGGAAAAUAUUUAACUGUUUGGUUCAAAUCUUAAAAGUUUCUGAUCUGUGAACAAGUUUGAUAUUUGUGUCCAAAGUAUUUUCUAUUUUAACACAAUUUACUGAAACUCAUAAAGUCACAGCGUUAAUUAUAUAUAAUUAUAUAUAAUUAUAUAUAAUUAUAUAUCUGAGCUGAACUCAUCGAUCACUAGUUCAUUCAUAGUUUUGUCAUUUUUCAAGCAAAAAACAACAACAAAUCUGUUUCCAGCUUCUCUGUUUUAAAUCUUUCUAAACUUUAUAUUUGUGUUUUGUAUAAAUCAGAUAAAAUAAGACAUUUAAAGACGUCACCGUCAACUUUAGCAAAGUGUAACAGCUGAUAUUCAUUAUUCUCUGAGCAGACGAUUCAUCAGAUUAACGUUAGUUUCAGCCUUCAGGUCUUUGCGCACCGAGUCCGUUUUUUUUCGUCCGCACGUUAAAAAAAUAAAUACGACUCGUUUCGUCCGUCGUUAAAGUUUUCGGAGCAGGUUCGAGCCUUUACAGAGUUGUUUGACCACUCAGAGCCACCGUACACGCAAACAACACAGCCUGGAAACACUGAUACUAUCAGCUGAUCACAGGACGACUAUUGAUCAGGAUCUGGUCUGUAUGUUGCAGCGUUUCGAGGCUGCGGAUCCAGUCGAUCACCUGUGAUCAGGUUCAGGAUCAAUCGGAUCCUGGAUAUCGGUGUUCUUCUUCUUUUUACUGUGUGGUUCUUUCUUUUUCUUUCAAGAAUUUACCACAAAAUCAUCCUCACUGCUUGACGACUCCGUUUCGCCUCGUAUUGCGGAUUUUCGCAAAGAAUAUAGUAAUAAAAGGCAUCGGACUCAGUGUGCGAGGUUUCUGUGCGUAACGAUUUUUGUCGGGUGACGGAUUAAAAAAAACGGACUCGAUGUGCAAAGACUGUUGAUGUUUCUUAUUUUGAUCUCUGAUUGUAGAUUUACUGGAUGUGAAUCUAGUUUUAAUCUUGAUGUUUUCCAGCUGCUAAAGAUGUGAAAUAUUUAGUUUUUACAGAACAAAAUAUUUAAAUGUCUUGUUUUCUGGCAGCUUUUAUUGAAAAUAGAAAAUUCUUUGGACAAAAUGCUGCAAAAACCCUCCGACGUUAAAGACUCGCUUCGCUUCAUAUGAUGGUUGAAGCUUCGGACUUUAAUUAAACUUCCGGGACGGUUUAGUCUUCGUAUUGCUCGUCGUUUUUUCGGCCGCGGACGUUUGACAUGUUUAGUUUCGUGCAGUUGAUGCUUCAACAGUAAGAAUCUCUUCGUUAUCUUUGAUACUUAACAGACCGAACGCAGGUGACCUGGAUAUGACUGGAAUAAAAUAAAAAUCACCUUCUUCUCACUUCUAACCUCACAAAUCCCCCUUAUUUAUUUAUUUGUUUAUUUUUUUAAUCCCGAUAAAGGCAUUUUUUUUUUUCUCUGAAUUCUUUAAACCAUUUGUUCAUGUUUGUGCAUCAGCAGGUAGCAGAGA